CCUGUGCGUCGCAGGUAACAUCCCACCUUCGACUUCUGAGCUCUCUUGGAUUCAGAACACCAAAUCAGUUCCUCCACUACCGCACCUACACACCUACACGUGUCCGUCUCCCCUCCGUCUCCCCCCCGUCUCCCAUAUUUUCGCGCGCGAGCACGUAACCGACUCAAGAGGCCAUCGCCCGCUCCCUGGCGGGAAGUGAAGCAGACGGACAGACACAGCGGCAAACACAGCGGCGGACACAGAAAAAAAAUGGACAUCCGUCGCCUGGAGCCGCGGGACAUCCCGCUGAUCCAACACGCGAACCUCGAAAACCUGCCCGAGAACUACUUCAUGAAGUACUACCUAUACCACGCCCUGUCCUGGCCCCAGCUCAGCUACGUCGCCGUCGACAUCUCCCGCCUCAAGAAGACCCCCUACGACUACCCCAAGAUCGUCGGCUACGUCCUGGCUAAGAUGGAGGAGGAGCCCUCCGACGGCGUCCAACACGGCCACAUCACCUCCCUGUCCGUCAUGCGCACCCACCGCCGCCUAGGCAUUGCCGAGAAGCUCAUGCGCCAGAGCCAACUCGCCAUGGUGGAGACCUUCGGGGCGCAGUACGUGUCGCUGCACGUGCGCGUGUCGAACAAGGCCGCCAUCCACCUGUACACGAAGACGCUCGGCUUCGACCAGGAGAAGACGGAGUCCAAGUACUACGCCGACGGCGAGGACGCGCACUGCAUGCGCCUGGACCUGUCGCCGCUGCGCGCCCAGAUCCGCGAGGCCGAGCUCGACACCGAGGACGACAACGCGGCCGCGGCCGACGCCGACGCCGACGCCGCCGGCGAGCACCCCGACGAGGGCGAGCCCGUCGGCGAGACGGGCAAGACCGACGGCGGCGGCGGCGGCGCCCUCCCCGCCCGCCCCAAGGAGACCAAGCGCAAGGUCAAGGUCGGCAGGGCCCUGGGCGUCCAGGCUCUGGUCGAGAAGGACGAGAGCAAGCAGCACUCCUAGAAGGACGUGCGCACGGGCACCCGGGGAACGAGGGGAGGGGAGAAGGAGAGUGAGAGGACGAGGGAGAAGGGGAGGGGGGUCGUAAGCACGA